AUGUCCAACCUCUUCUCUGGGAUCAACGCUCGAUUUCGAGGCGGCUCGGCGAAACCGUCCGGCCAAAAGAGCCCAUCCCCCUCGACCGGCGGUCAACCUUUGCCAUCUGACACUGCUUCUCAGGGAAGCCAGUCAUCGACAAAUCUCGCCCCCAAAGUUCCACCUCUGCCGAAUUCCCCGUCUCUUGCACAAACAAUCGGCAUGGACGAGUCCAGCGGCGUAAUGUCUACCGUCGAAGAUAUAAUUAACAACUAUCACCUUCCCCGGCCGUUGCCGCUGUGGCUCAACGCCCAAUAUGUCAAGCACAUUGUCAAAGGGAACUUCAUGACAUUAAGUGCUCGACCAAAGACAGUUGAACAAGGGGAAUGGAUCGCCCACCAAGUUGUCGAGCACUACAGAAACUUAUGGAACUUUGUCCGUGUGGUACAUGAGAAAGAGGACGACGGUACAAGCAUUUGCAACCCCACGAGUUGCCCUCGCAUGUCUGCUGGCGCAAAUCACUCUUUCACAUGGCUCAAUAACAGACGAGAGCCUGUCGAACUCCCUGCGUAUGAGUACAUGACCCUGAUGCAACGCUGGAUCUCCGGAAAGAUUGACGAUACCGCCAUCUUUCCCACUGACCCGUCAGGCGUGUCGUACGCCCACAAUCCCAGCAUUACCACGACACCUCUCUCUCAGCUUUCGAAUCCUGGGGAGGCUGAAUACAUCGGGAAACGUUCGGGCUUUCCUGAGAAGUUUCUUGACGUCUGCCAGAUGGUUUUCCGCCAAAUGUUCCGUGUCUACGCCCAUCUUUAUUGGGCACACUUCACCGAACCUUUCUAUCACCUCAACCUCGAAAAGCAACUUAACAGCUGCUUCUCCCACUUUAUUUUGACGGCGACAGCCCUCGACAUGCUGAAGCCGCAGGAACUGGAGCCGAUGCAGGCCUUGAUUGACCUGUGGGCUGCCAACGGGACUUUCCCACCUGAGUCGAAAGCCUACGAAUAUGCCAAUCUGCGUGCUGGUGAGCGACUCCUACAGCUUGCUGGUGCGACUCAGUAG